AAUCAUCAAAAUGUCCACUGUUGGCCAACCAAUUGAUUGUAAAGCUGCUGUUGCUUGGGCUGCUAAUCAACCACUUUCCAUCGAAACAAUCACCGUUGCUCCUCCAAAGAAGGGUGAAGUCAGACUCAAGAUUUUGUGUACUGCCUUGUGUCAUACUGAUUAUUACACUUGGAGUGGAUCUGAUCCAGAAGGUCUCUUCCCUUGUAUUUUGGGACAUGAAGCUGUUGGUAUUGUUGAAAGUGUUGGUGAAGAUGUUGAAAGUGUUCAAGCUGGUGAUUAUGUCAUUCCUUGUUAUACUCCACAAUGCAAAGAAUGCAAAUGGUGCAAGUCUCCAAAGACUAACUUGUGUCAAAAGAUUAGAGGUACUCAAGGAAGAGGUUUGAUGCCUGAUGAAACUACUAGAUUCACUUGCAAGGGACAAAACUUGUAUCACUUUAUGGGUACUUCUACCUUCUCUGAAUACACUGUUUUGCCAGAAAUUGCUUGUGCCAAGAUUAAUCCAAAGGCAAACAUGGUUGGUGCUUGUUUGUUCGGUUGUGGUCUUUCAACUGGUUUGGGAGCUGCUUUGAACACUGCCAAGGUUGAACCUGGAUCAAACUGUGUUGUUUUUGGAUUGGGUGCUGUUGGUCUUGCCACUAUUUUGGGUUGUAAGAAGGCUGGUGCUGCCAGAAUCAUUGGUGUUGACAUUAAUGAUAAGAAGUUUGAUGUUGCCAAGAAGUUUGGUGCCACUGAAUUCAUUAAUCCAAACAAUGUUGAAAAUGUUGUUCAAACUAUUAUUGAUACUUUGGAUGGUGGUGCUGAUUAUUCAUUCGAAUGUGUUGGUAAUGUUCGUCUUAUGCGUCAAGCUUUGGAAUGUUGUCACAAGGGUUGGGGUGUUUCCACAAUCAUUGGUGUUGCUGCUUCUGGUCAAGAAAUUAGCACUCGUCCAUUCCAAUUAGUUACUGGUAGAGUUUGGAAGGGUACUGCUUUCGGUGGUUAUAAAUCCAGAGAUGAUGUUCCAAAACUCAUUGAAGAUUACAUGAAUGGUGGAAUUGAUGCUGAUGCUUUCAUUACUCACCACUUUGAUUUUGAGGAUAUUAACCAAUCUUUCGAUGCUCUUAAGGGUGGAGAUUGCUUGCGUGCUGUCAUGUAUUUAGAUAAGUCUUUGAAGAAAUAAAUUAUGUGGAUAAUUCUUUU